AACUCUGCUGAGUGUUUGGGGAACGCUCGAGGACGUGCAUGAAAAUGCCCCAAGACGACAUCAACAGAACGUGUUGCUCCGGCGGAAUUGUUGCCAAGUUGAACGUCUGUCUAAUCUCUGUGUGAACAUUCCAUCACCGUCACCAUGCAAGGACGCAGUCUGCUCUCUCAAGCAACAUGGAAGCAGGCACGGGACAACACCUCAUCACCUCACCGAGGUCCUCCCGCUAGGAUCCUCCCGCUGCUCCUGGCCUGCCUAUUCACGCUGCCCUGGCCGGGCUUAGGUGGCUUAUUUCGUGUCGGGGUGGUCGGCCCCUGGGAAUGUGACCCAUUCUUCGCCAAGGCCCUCCCUGAUGUGGCGGCACAGCUGGCUGUCAACCGCAUCAACAAAGACCCCUCGCUGUCCUACGCUGCCACUUUUGACUACACCGUGCUGCAUGAGCCGUGUGAGACCUCAAGAGGUCUGGAGAAGUUUGUGACUUUCCAUACCAAAGCCUCGGCUUACGUGGGACCGGCGAACCCGGGUUACUGCGAUGCUGCCUCGAUGCUGAGCAAAGGUUGGAACAAAGCUUUGUUUUCAUGGAGCUGUGUCGGCUACGAGUUGGAUCGCGUCUCGAGCCAUCCGACCUUCGCCCGCUCCAUGCCCAGGCCCACCUGGGUGCUUUUACGGAUCAUGAGAUACUUCAGAUGGGCUCACGUUGGAAUCAUCUCUGCCUCGGAUGACAUCUGGGUGGAGACGGCGAGAAAGGUCGCGGAAUCCCUCCGGGCCCACGCUAUGCCCGUCAGACUGGUCAGCGUUAUGGAGAACACACCACACGGCAUCAGGAGGACUCUGGCUAAAGUUCGGAAAAUGAGGGAAAUACGAGUUGUGAUCCUAUGCAUGCACUCAGCAUUGAUCGGCGGCGAGCUUCAGAAGCCUCUUUUGGAGACGGCCUACGACAUGCGGAUGAUUGACGGCUCCCUGGUGCUGGUGCCCUACGACACGCUCCUCUACAGCCUGCCCUUCCGGAAUGUGAGCUACCCAGCGUUGAGGAGCAAUCGCAAACUGCUGCGGGCCUACGACGCCAUGCUCACCGUCACGGUCGACUCGCCCCGGGUGUCGUUUACGGAGGCUUACGAGGAGGCCGUGGAGAAGGGCGAGCUGGCGAGGACGAUCAAACCCCAGCAGGUGUCUCCUCUUUUCGGGACUAUCUACAACUCGGUGGUUCUCGUCGCUCACGCCGUGCAGCGUGUUGUCCUCUCCAAGGAGUGGAUGUCCGGUGGGAAUAUCGCGCAGCAUGUGCGGAACCACAAUUUUGAGGGCUUCAGUCAUCCCGUGAAAUCGGAUUCUUCCGGAAACGUGUUAUUGGACUACAUCGUGCUGGACACAGACGGACUCACCUUUGAGCUGACGCCGACACACAGACUCGACAUGGAGGCCGACUCGGUGAACUUCCUGGGUCGAGACAUCCACUUUCCUCGCGGCUCGGGACCCGAACGGGACCUCCGGUGCUGGUUCACCCCAGGGGUCAUCUGCUCAGGGGGUGUGGAUCUUUUUUCCACCUUUAGCAUUGCGCUAGGAGCCGUCGCCGCCUGUGUGCUAGCCGCCGUGCUGAUUUACUUUGUCCGGCGACGCAUCAACCAGAUUCGCCUGCUCAGGGGUCCGAACAAAAUCCUGCUGACUCAAGCGGAUGUUACUUUUAUCAACCCCUCACUUAGCAACAAGAAGCUUAACGUGGAGGACAGCCGAGCCAGCUGCGCCAAGAGCGUGUCGGAAUGCAGCGUCACGUCCUCCGUCCAAUCACCCGCCACGUACGAGAACUCCAAUGUUGUCAUUUUUGAGGGGGACUGGGCGUGGCUCAAGAGACUUCCCUACGGCUCGUUUAGCAGCAUCAACCCCAAAACGAGCGACUUGUUUGAGCUGAUGAAGGACAUGCGACACGAGAACAUCAACCUUUUCCUGGGCUUCUUCCUCGACUGCGGCGUGUUUGCCAUCGUGACGGAGUUCUGCUCCAGAGGAAGCCUGGAAGAUUUGCUCCUGAAUGACGACGUCAAGCUGGACUGGAUGUUCAAGUCCUCGCUGCUCCUGGAUUUAAUCAAGGGUAUGAAGUACCUCCACCACUGCGGCGUGUCUCACUCCCAUCUGAAGUCUCGCAACUGCGUGGUGGACGGACGCUUUGUGCUGAAGAUCACAGACUACGGCUACAAUGAGGUUCUGGAGGCUCAGAGGUUCCCGUACGUGGAACCACCUGCAGAUGAGUUGCUGUGGACGGCCCCGGAACUGCUCCGAGGCCCUCAGCCGGGCCUCCACGGGACGAUGGCCGGCGACGUGUACAGCUUCGCCAUCAUCACCCAGGAGGUGGUUAUCCGAGGGCCUCCGUUUUGCAUGCUGGAUCUGUCGGCCGCAGAUGUGAUCGCGAAGUUGCGCAAGCCGCCGCCUCUGUGUCGCCCGCUAGUUAGUUUGGACUGCGCUCCGUUAGAGUGCAUCCAACUGAUGAAGCAAUGCUGGAAUGAACAGGCGGAGAAGAGACCCACGUUUGAGGAGAUAUUUGACAAGUUCAAGGACAUCAACAAGGGCAAGAAGACCAAUAUCAUCGACUCCAUGCUGCGAAUGCUGGAGCAGUACUCGUCCAACCUGGAGGAGCUGAUCCGAGAGCGGACCGAGGAGCUGGAGAUCGAGAAGCAGAAGACGGAGAAGCUCCUGACGCAGAUGCUGCCUCCAUCCGUGGCAGAAGCUCUGAAGAUCGGCGGGACGGUGGUGCCCGAGUAUUUCGACAGCGUGUCUCUCUACUUCAGCGACAUCGUGGGCUUCACCACCAUCUCGGCCAACAGCCAGCCAAUCGAGGUGGUCCACCUGCUCAACAGCCUCUACACGCUUUUUGACGCCAUCAUCGGCAACCACGACGUUUACAAGGUGGAGACGAUUGGCGACGCCUACAUGGUGGCGUCGGGCGUGCCCGUUCCUAACGGUAACCGGCACGUGGCGGAGAUUGCUAACAUGUCCCUCGACAUCCUGAGCGCAGUGGGAACCUUCAAGAUGAGGCACAUGCCCGACGUUCCCGUCAGGAUCCGCAUUGGACUGCACACAGGUCCCUGCGUAGCAGGAGUGGUCGGUCUCACGAUGCCGCGCUACUGUUUAUUCGGAGACACGGUGAACACCGCCUCUCGCAUGGAAUCCACCGGCAUGCCCUACAGGAUCCACGUGCACCACGACACAGUCAAAGUUCUGCGUGCGCUCAACCUGGGCUACAAGCUGGAGCUGAGGGGACGGAUGGAAGUGAAGGGGAAAGGAAUGGAAGAGACGUACUGGCUUGUUGGGAGGGACGGAUUCACCAAACCUCUUCCUGUACCUCCAGAGCUCAAAUCCAAGCAAAUGGCCCACGGGCUGCAGAUGGCCGAGAUAGCCCAGCACAAGAAGCGGCAAGCCGAGAAGCAGCGACAGGAACAACUUGCAAAGAAGAACAACUGAGCGUGGUCGCCAAAGAGCCAAAAAACCUGAAGCAGGUGUUGUACAAAGCGGUGAGGAAGAUCUCCCACAUCCGCGUCGUCACACAACUGUGCGAGGACGGCAGCGUCAUGAUGGAGCAUCACUGAGCGCUUGUCCGCAGGCUGUGGUGGCACCUCAGGUUGGAUUCCCGGGUCAAACGUUUUCUCCGUGAACAUUCAGGCCAAAAUUGGGAUUAGCGUCAACCGAGUUGAGGAGACGCGGUCUUGUCCGCUGCUAUGAAUAGAAGAAGAGCCACUCAGCAAAGCGGGGAUCUGCAGACACAGUCAACAAGUGAUGAACGCAGAUUAUCGCCUUUCCUCUAGCGAACAAGCAAGGGGAAAAGGACUGAAUCAAAAAGUUCAUUUUGAUCUGACAAAAUACAAGCCACGUCAGAAAUUCAUGUUAAAAAAAUAAAUAAAUAAAAAAGUACAGAUAAGAUAGUGUCUUUAGCGGCUGAUACUAAACGGUUUGCUUCACUUGUAGAUUAGUUCGUGUUGAGGAUUAUCUUUGCUGAUCCUCCGUCUCGAUAUGUGUGUGCUUCCUGCAGAUGGCGCUCUUGAACAUUUGCACGUGCAAGGUUUUAUUUGGACCUGGUUGGGGGCGGGGGGGGGGUUACAUUGACACCGCUCGGUUCAAGGGACGGGCAUUUUAUAGAAUAUCAUGGUGACGAGAAUGUUGAGGGAUGAGAGAUGACAUUUCUAGGUUAGAUGCUGAUUAUACUUGAAAAUUUAAUCCCAUGUGGUUCUAUUAAAAAUGUAUUUUUUAUUGUAAAUGUCAGGAAAUAAUUAAUCCAAAAGUUCAACUUCCA